AUGGAUGAUAAUUUAGUUAAGGGGUCAAACGAAGUAAUUGGUUCUUGUAAUUUUGAUGGAAUAAAUGGUAAUAUUAUGGAGAAGAAUAUGUGUUCUUCUGAUAUAAUAUUAGAUGAUACUAAUAAUAAAUCAUUAUGUGAUAGUAAUAAGUUAAAGAAGGAUAAUGAGAAGGGAAUUGAUGAGAAUAUAAAAGAAACAAGUACCUGUACAUAUACGGUUGACGAGAAUGUAAUGAAGAGUAAUGAAGAAAAAAAUGACGAGGAUGAUGAUGGUAGCAAUAAUGUGGAUGUAGUAGAUGAUAAUAUUGGUACUGUACCAAAAGAAAAUAUGAACAAUACAAACAACAAUGAUAAUAAUAAUAUGCAAUAUGAUAAUAAUAAUAUAAAUUACAACAACAAUAAUAAUAAUAAUAGUAAUAAUAUACAAUAUGAUAAUAACAAUAAUAAUAAUAAUAUUAUUAAUAAUAAUAAUAAUAAUGAUAGUGUACCAUAUAAUAUUAGCAACGACAUUUUCAACAGCAAUAGUAAUCAGAUAGUUCCAUUUGUUAAUAAUGCAAAUAAUGAAGAGCAAAAUAAAAUGAGAGAACAUAUAGGUAGUCAAGAACCAGUCAUAUUAAUAGACAAAAUAGAAAGAUGUCUAGUUGUUGAAUGGUAUGAAAAUAAUAUUCGUAGAGAACAGAGAAUAUCAUAUAAAAAAUAUGGUAAUGAUAAAGCAAAAUUAAGAGCUAAAGAAUUAAUUGAGAAAUUAAAAUCUGGAAUAACAUUUGAACAAUUAUAUCCUGAUAAAGGACCACCUAUAGUACGUGUUUUUGAAAAUGUAGGUGUUUAUAAUGUAUCAUUAAUUAGAGAUAGAAUUGAAAGAGAGUGGAGGGUGGAAUGGUUAGAGAAUGGAGUUCCUAUGAAAGCUAGAUGGUCAUGUAAAAAAGUAGGUAAUGAUGAAGCUCAAAAAAGAGCUGAUACAUUUGCUCAAAGUAUGAUUAAAGGUAUUUUUAAUCCUAUAUUGUUACAUAAAGCAACAGGUACCAGAUUUUCUAGAUCUGAUAAAUCUGUUGUUAAAAUUAAUGUUUAUAUGAAUAAAAAUAUAAAAUGUAUAACUAAUGGUUUAGAUGAUGAUAAUAAUACAGAUAAUAAUAAUGGUGUGAAAACAUUUUCAAUCAAAGGAGAAGUACCAAGUAGUCCUUUGAAUCAUAAAGUAACAAGAAGUUAUAGAAGAAGAAAAAAAAAAAAUGAUAUAAAUAAUGUCAUGGAAUUACAAGAUGGAAAUGUAAGAAACAUGACAUAUUUGAUAAAUAACAACAAUAAUAAUAAUAAUAAUAAUAAUAGUUCUUAUUUAAAUCAUAGUAAUAAUAUGAACCCUAAUAUGUGUAAUAUGAAUCUUAUGGAAUAUCAAAUGAAUGAAAUGUAUCAGGGAAAUAAUAUGUCUAAUAUGAUGAUGUUAGAUAAUAAUAUGAAGAACAUGAUACAACAUAACAAUAUGAAUAAUGAUCAUUUGUUCAAUACAGAUGUAUAUAAUGAUAAAAAAAGAACUAGAAGUACUAGAAUGACUAGAAAAAGAAAUUUAUGUAAAACUGAAAAAUCGAUGAUAACAAAAAAUGGUAAUAAAUAUAUGAUAAAUAAUGAUAUAGAUAUUAAUGAUAAAAAUAUACAAAUGAAUAAAAAUGAUGUAUUAGUAAAUACAUAUAUAGUAAAAAGUGAAUUAUGUAAUAACUAUCAAAAUGAAAACAAUAAUAAUAAUAAUAUUAACAAUAAUAAUAUUAACAAUAAUAAUAAUAAUAGUAAUAAUAAUAAUGGUAUGAUGAUGAUGAUGAAUAAUAACAAUAAUAAUAAUAAAAAAAAAGUGAAGACACAAUUAAAUAAUAAUAUAAAAAAUAGUUAUUAUAUACCAAGUGAACAAUAUGAAAUGUUCUGUUCAGCUAAUAAUAUCGCUAGUAGUAAUAGAAAUAAAAGAGCAAAUAAAAAUGCAUACAAAAUAACAAAAAGUAGUAAGAAUAAUGAUUUUGUUAAUUAUAAUAAUAUAUCGAAUACUAUUCAAGAUAAUGUAACUGGUGAUACACAGAAUUAUCAAUAUAUGUUAAAUGAUAAUAUGAAUGGGGAAUAUUUAAAUCCAAAUGAGUAUCCCAUAAGAAAUGGAGAAGAUGGUGUUGAUAAUUAUUAUCAAAAUAAAAAUUAUUAUUAUCUUUAUAAUAAUAACAAUGGUAUGUUAGUAAAAACAUAUGUAGUAGAUCAAGAAGGAAAUCAGAACUAUGUUAAAAAUAAUAAUUUUGUUAAAAUGGAAAAUGCAGAUUAUCUUUAUGGAGGUGCAUCCACAAAUGGAUGUCAACCAGUUGCUGAUAAAACUAUUAAUAACAAUUAUGAUCCAUCUUUAAAUAAAUAUAAACAAAACAUGUUAGAAUAUAACAAUAAUUAUAAUUUAAAUGUAGAUAAAAAAGGUAUGAACUAUACAGCAAUUACAUCUAUUUUGGAUGGAAAGAAAAAAAAAAGAAAAAAUUACAAAUCUUCAAAAAAUCGCAACAUGUUAGAAGAUGAAUAUGAUAAUUAUACUAUAAAUUAUAAUGUUACGUGUGCAAAGGAAAAAAGAGGUAAAAAUAAAAAGGACAAUUGUGAAAAUAUUAAUGAUAAUAUAUAUGAUAAUAGAAAUAAUAAUGAGACUUUAGUCGGAGGUAGACGAAGAAGAAAAAGUGUAAUAGCAACAAGAAGAAAAAAAAAUGCAAGAGGAAAAUAUAAAAAUAAUGAUAACGAAGAUAUAAAUGAUAUAGAUGAUAAUGUUAAAAAUAUUGGAAAUGAACAAGAUAAAGAAAAUUAUGAAGAAAGAAUAGAACCAGGAUAUAUUAAAGAAGAAUAUAUACCUCAUGAGAAUGAAGAAGGAGAAGUAAAAGAUUUGGAAGACAAUAAAGGUAGAAAAAGAAGAAGAAUAAAAUCAUCAAAAUUUUAUGAUAAUGAUGAAUAUAUAUAUUCAUUAGAUAAAACAUAUAAUAAAAAAAAAGCAUCACAAUAUGAUGAUAAUAAUAAUAUUAAUAUUAAUAAUAAUGGUAAUAAUAUAGUACAGAAUGAAUAUAAUGGAUAUAUGAUGAAUAACAAUAAUUAUAUGAUAAUGAAUAAUAUGAAUACAAACAAUAUGUUGAAUAAUGAUGGUCAUUAUUUAAAUAAUAAUAUAUACUGCAAGAAUGAAAUGCAAAAUCUUCCAUUUAAUAAUCUUAGUACAGAAAAUAUGAAUAUGAUGAACAUACCAAAUAUGGUAAAUAUGAACAACUUAACAAAUAUAAAUUCUGCAUAUAAUAUAAAAUCUGUAGAAAAUUAUAAUGGUGAUAAAAUGAAUAAUCCUAGUUUCAUAAAUAAUUGUAUAGAAUUUGUUGAGAAUCCAAGAGGUUAUAGAGUUCCAUAUGAAUAUCAAUCACAGAGAUUUUAUGAAUAUUUCGAGGUACCAUUAAAUUCACGUAAAGAAUUUGAAAUGCAACAAAAAUAUUUCGCAAAUUUAUUUUCAUUACAUAUAUUGGCUGUUGGAUGGAAUGUAAAUAAAGGGGAUGGAAUGGAAAAUAAUAAUAUCCCACAAUUGACUGAUCAAAAUAUGAUACCAAAUAGUAAUAGUAAUUAUAAUAAUAAUAAUAAUAAUAACAGUAGUGGCAAUAAUAACAAUAAUAAUAAUAGUAACCCUUACCAACUUGUGCCAUAUAAUGAAAAGGAUAAUAUUAUGAAUAAUAAAGAAUUGGUAUCAUCAAAGGAACAAAUGAAUGGACAAUAUAUUCCUUAUAAUUAUAAACCUAUAUAUCAUAUGGAACCCUUUAGUUCUGAUAUGAAUAAUAAUAUUAAUAGUAAUUGUAAUUAUUAUGUUGACUUAGAAAAUAUGAACAAUCCAAAGAUUGAUGGUAAGGAAUAUACAUAUAAUGAUGUCCAGACAAUGAAUAAUUAUGGAGGUAUAAAUAAAAAAGAAAAUCUUGAAAAUGUAGCAAACUAUGAAACUAUGAUGAAUUAUGAAAAUAUUUCAAAUUAUAAUAAUCCAGAUGAUGUGAUAAACCAAAGAAAUAACGUUGCUAAUAUUACUGAACAUAAUAAUAAUUUGAAUAAUAUAUCUUCUAUGAAUGAUGUACAUAACGUAAUAGAUAAGAAUAAUAUGAACCAUAUUCCAUACUAUAAUGAUAUGAAUAAUAACAUAACAAAUUAUUCUAACAUGAAUGCUAUACCAAAUUUAAAUAAUAUGAAUCCAAUAAUGAUAGAUCAAAAUAAUAAUUCUGAUAGUGUCGAAAAGUUUUAUGACGCAAUUGAUGGAUGUAAUGUGGUUGAUACAAAUUAUAUGGUAGAUACAAAUAAUAUGGUUAAUCGAAUCCAUUUUAAUGAUGUAACUAAUAAUAAUGUAGGAAAUAUCAAUAAUAAUAUGACCAAUCUGAGUAAUCCCUAUAAUAACCUAAAACGAAUGAACGACAUGAACAGUACAGGUGAAAUGAAUAAUAAUAUGGUCCAUUUAAAUAAUAAGAACGAAAUGAGUGGUUUAAGUAAUAUGAAUGAAAAUAUAAAUAUUAAUAAUGUAUCUGUUAUAAAAGAAAAUAGUAAUUCGAAUAAUUCAAAGGAUAUAAAUAAUAUGAACAUGGAGAAAUUAUAUGUAUCCAACAUGAAUUAUUCCACAAAUGAUUUAAUACACAUGAAUAAUAACAACAACAAUAAUAAUAAUAAUAAUAAUAACAAUAAUAAUAAUAAUAAUAUUAAUAAUAAUAAUAAUGUGAAUGUAGUUGGUAUAGAAAACAGUGUUAAUACCACAGUAUAUGAUAAUAUGAAUAAUUAUAUACCUAUGAAUACCAUAAAUGUAAAUUAUAUGAAUGGUACUAAUAAUCUAAAUGUGGAAUAUAAAAAUGUAAGAGGUUAUGAUGAGGCGUUAUCUAAUAGACCCGAUAUGAUGUCUUAUAACAUGUCUGGACUAGAUCAUUUUAAUGAUAAUAGAUAUAUGAAUGAUAUGGAUCCAAAUGUUAAAACAAACAUUUUGAAUAAUCAUAACAAUAUUGGAGGUGCUAACAUAUCUAAUAAUGUAUAUAACAAUCAAACAGAUUUAAUAAAUAACUAUUAUAAUAAUAAUAAUAACAAAUAUGCAAAUAUAAAUUCUAGUGAUAUGUACAAAGAACAAUAUUAUAACGCACAUAUGAAUCAUCUUAUAAAUGAUAAUAAGGAAAUAUCCAAUAAUUUUGAUGAUUCAAAAAAUAAUGUUAAAGGAAUAACAACUGGUGAUAACAAAGAUUUAUUAAAUGUUCAUAAUAAUGUAAAUAUAAAUAUUAAUAAUACAUGUAACAAUAGUGAUACCUCAAACAUGUUGCAAGAAAAUAACAUUGUAACAAAUAAGAAGGAUCUACAAGUUAUUAAUAAAAAUAUGGUGUUAACAUAUACAUGUAAUAAAGAUGAUAUGAUAAAUAAUUUGAAUGGUGUUAAUGAUUUAUCAAAUGAACAAAAUGAUGGCUCAUUAAAUGAUAAUAGAAAAAAUGAGGCUUUAUAUAUUAAUACUAAUCAUAAUGAUAAUAAUAUGAAUACAAAUAAGGUAAAUGGAGAUAAUGAAAUAGAGAGUACUACACAUGUAGGUGAAAAUAAAAAUAAAAUGAAUGAAAAUAUAAUACAUAGUAAUAAUAUUUACAAGAAUUGUAAUGGAAGUUAUGAUAAUGUUAAUGUUACAUAUGAAAAUUCAGAUCAUUUAUAUUUUAUGGAAACAGAAAAAUGUUCUAGUGAUAAUGUAGUAAAUAGAAAUGCUCAUAAUCAAUUUAAAGAUUCAUAUUAUAAUUUAUUAAGUCAUGAAGAUGUAAAUAAUAAUAUAAAUAAUGAAAAUAAUAAUAAUAAUAAUAAUAAUAAUAAUAAUACUGAAGAUAUGACAUGUAAUCAGUAUAUAAAAAAAAGUAACAAUACAAGUAAUAAAAUAAUAAAAGAAAUGAAUAAUUAUGAUUUUUAUUCUAAUAAAAAAAUGAUUGAUAAAUUGAGAUCAACAUCAAAUUCGAGUACAAUAAAUACGGAAUAUUUACCUAGUAAUUUAUUAAAUUCAAUAAGUAUCAAUAAUGUGUCACAAUCUAAUCAGAUAAACGAACAUGUGGACAAAUAA